AUGGCUACGGCCUUGCUACAUGAUAUGAUGUAUAACGAGGUAGAGAUGUAUGUCGAUGAUAUGAUAGUGAAAUCCAAGGAUAAGGAAAGCCACACCAUAAACUUGAGGAAGUUCUUCAAGAGGAUUAAAGAGUAUAGGCUAAGAUUGAACCCCCAAAAAUGUACCUUCAAAGUAACCGUCGGAAAAUUGCUAGGCUUCCUAGUGAGUGAUAGAGGGAUAGAAGUUAACCCAUCCAAGAUUAAAGCUAUUUUAGAGAUGCCUCCACCCAAAAGGAAUACGGUUGGAAGUAUGCUUACACAAGAAGACAAUGACAAAAAUGAGAGGACCAUAUACUGUUUGAACAAGAGGUUCCAUGAUUAUGAGACUAGGAAAACUAUCAAAGGAAGUGUCGUGUCAAAUUUUUGUGUCGAGAAUCCUAUAAAGGGGGAAGAUGGUAAAGAAGACUUUCCAGAUGAGAACAUUUUGGAUGUUGAGUUAGGAGCAUGGAAGAUAUACUUUGAUGGAGCCGUAAACCAAUGUAGGAAUGGGAUUGGAGUACUCUUGAUCACUCCCGAGGGAUCUCACAUACCUUUAGCAAUCGAGCUGAACUUUGAAGCGACUAAUAACAUGGCUGAAUAUGAGGCUUGUAUUGCCGGAAUGGAAGCUCUUGAAUUAGGGGUAAAGGAGGCCAAAGUCUUUGGGGAUUCAACUUUGGUUAUAGCCUAA